AUGAUCAAACUGAAUGAAUUAAAUGAUGAUUUGAGAACGGGACAACUUGCCAUUUUUGUACAUUGUCAAUGGUCCCUUGGAACUUCUUCACUCACGCAUAUGCAAGACCUUGAAAUGGAUAGGAGACCGGAUGAGAAUCCAAGACAUUUAAAGAAUAUUAAAAAAUACAUUCAGCUUUUUCAAAAAUUUGAUUUAGAUUACCUCACUGUGCAGACACACACACUGGGACAAUCCAAGUAUAAUCCUGUUGAAAGGAGCAUAGCAACACUAUCCAAAAAAUUGGCAGGUAUUACUCUACCAAUCGAUCACUUUAGGAUAUAUCUAGAUACACAAGGUAAAGUGAUUAAUCUGGAAUUAGCUCUUCAAAACUUUCGAUAUGCCAGAGAGGUGCUUUGUGAUAUUUAG